AUGUCAAGUUACUCACAGCUCAUAAUUGAUGUUGUCCGUUUGCUGGAUCAAUUUGACCCUCAAAAUCAGAGCACUGAUCACUUCGUAAGUGAAGCUGCUAAAAAUUAUCAGGCACAAGGUGAAGCUGAACAUACAUUCAUUGUGGAAGUCCUGUCGGGCUGUUUACAGUACAAGCCACUGCUCAAUGUGGUAGUGUCUGAAUUUUAUAUGCUAGAUGGCAGGAACUUUCUGCGAUCGGAAUGCAAUCUCUACGUGGUUAUAUGCUAUCUUGCUAUUUUUCGACUGGAAGAACUGGGUCUGAAACAUUUCACCAAGAUUGUCAACUCUCAGCCUGCGAACAAAAUGCACCAAUUUCUUAGGUUCUUAUUUGAUAGUCUGAACCUGACCACAUGGAUAAAGGAUGAAUGGUGCCAAAUAUAUGAUGUUGCCUAUGUAAACCAGAUGCUGAUUGAUCCUCUGCUGAGAUGGCAACCAGAUAUCAACAACCUCAUCGAUCACUUAGCCAACAAAAUGGCGAAUCGGAUUUCCAAAAAACUCGAGAGUCAGCCUGUGACAGUACCAAGAGAAUUUAACAUCACCAAGCCUAAACCACAAUCUAUCCCAAUGCCUGAGGAAAUUCAACUGCUGCAAACACGAAGGAAGAUUCCCAGAAGUACCUAUGAACCUCCAAAAGAGCAGCAACUGCUGGAAACACUUAAAAGGAAAAAUCGUCGCAGGGCAGAGGAGCAUCUCAUGGAAUCCAACAUUGAUGCAUUCCGGUGUGCCAUGGUACAUGAAACCGAACAUAAAAGGCGAGUUUUGUCUGAAAUUAAGAAAGAGGAAGAGGCCAAGAUGAAAUAUACCAUUCCAAAACCACGACCCAUCCCUGCACAGAUGAUGGAAAAUCUUCCAAUAAAAUUGAACACAGCAGCCAUCCUGAGGGAGAAUGUUCUCUACGAACGGAGAGUGAAGAAAGAACUGGAAAGAAUUAACAAUCUAAUUGAAGGAGGUUAUGAUCCUUCCAAAUUUGAAGAAAUGCUGAGGAAAAAGGACACUGAGUUAAUGGAACAACAAUUGACUGAUGCACAACGCCGUUGCCUUGAAAACAAGAUUCUCUUGGAAGAUGCAAUCCUGGCACGGGAAGCAAGAAUUGAGGAGAACAAGAGGAAUGCAGCUCUGCAGAAAGAGGAGGUAGCAAAAAUGAUGCAGAAACAUGCAGAGAAGCGACUUCAGGAAGAGAAGGAGGCAAAAGAACUGGUGGAGCGGGUGACAAAAGGGCGUCACAACACAAAGCAGCAAAAACUGAAAAUACUGGAAGAUAAACAGAAGAUGGCUAAGGAGCUGAAUAAGGAAACAGAAGAACUGCUUCAACAGGCCUUGGAGAAAGCUAAUGAAGAAAUUAGAAAAAAAUCAGAACUGAUCCGAGAAAUCCGAGCAAUGCAAAUGGUGCCAACAUUUAAACACAAACUUAUAGAUUUAGCCAAACCAGCUGGUCAUAAUCUUUUGACCGAGAUGUCAAUAGUAGAGUUACGAGAACGCUUGGGGCUGCUGAAGGAGGCACAGAUUAAGGCAGAGGAAAAUAAACGAGAUCGGAUCCUGAAUGAGAAACAAGCAAAAGAGCAGCUCCUUUUGGAUAAAUUACGACAGAUCUCACUGCACAGAGAAGCUUUGAGCAAGAAAGCAGUAAUCAGGAACAGAGAAGAGGAAUUGAGAAAGCUGAAGGCAUCCAAACAGGUGGCAAACAAUCAGCAAUUGGCUGAGCUCCAAAAGAAACUCGAAGAAAAGAGAAGGGAGCAUCAUAAACUGAACAAAAUACAAAAAAUAAACACUCAAAAAAACCUAGAGAGAUCUAUGAGAAGCUCAUUUGCAGACAGGAAAUCAAAGGAAGUACGUUGGUGGAAGAACAUGGAAGACAGUCGUGAAAACAAGGUCCGGUUGCUUAAACUUCAGAAAGCGUCCUAGUACAGUGCUGCUCAGUGGAGUAGGGUGGUACAUCAU